AUGCAGCGCAGACAGAGCGCCCGAGGAGAGUGGAUUCCUUCGGAAGGCUCCUGGCCCGUCGACCCGCAGCAGGAUGUUGAAGUUUCGCCGCAGCGCAUUUGGGUCGAUGGCUGUUUCGACUUUGCGCAUCACGGCCAUGCCGGAGCCAUGCUGCAAGCCCGCCAGUUGGGCGACGAGCUCUACGUCGGCGUCCACUCGGAUGAGUCCAUCAUGGAGAACAAGGGGCCCACGGUGAUGCGCCUGGACGAGCGUGUUGCCGCCGUCGAAGCCUGCCGAUGGGCCACCAAAGCCGUUCCGCGAGCUCCCUAUGUAACCUCGUUGCCCUGGAUCACCCACUACGGCUGCCAGUACGUCGUCCACGGCGAUGACAUCACCUCCGACAGCGACGGCAAGGACUGCUACCGCUAUGUCAAGGCCGCCGGCAGGUUCAAGGUGGUGAAGCGCACGCCCGGUAUCUCCACAACCGAUCUCGUCGGUCGCAUGCUACUAUGCACAAAGUCGCACUUUAUCCCCUCGCUGGAGAAGAGGCUGUCGGGCGACGAUGGCCCGGGCGACGAAGCCGAGCGCACAAAGUCUGGCGAGGAAAUGCUCCAGCGCAUCAAGGACUACGCCACCGACGCCUCGGGCAAGGCCCCUGGUUGCCAUGUGUGGUAUUGGCACGCCUCCAAGCCCGUCAAGCUGCGGAGGACGACUACCAGCAACACGGUGACAUCCCCGACUACGCCCCGCCCUGGCACCACGCGCAUCGACUCGACGGCCUCACAGCUCGGACCUGUAAAAGAAGAAAAGGGCAAGUUCCACGAACUGGUCAAGGGCAAGGGCGUCAAGCCAGGCCAGCGAGUCGCAUACGUAGACGGAGGCUGGGACCUAUUCUCCUCUGGCCACAUCGAAUUCCUGCGCCACGUCACCCAGGUCGAAGAAGAGAAUGCAAAGGAUAAUGGAUGGUACACCGAGGAAGCGCAAAAAGAGCGCAUAGAGAAAGCAGGCGAGGACUACGGCCCCGUCUUCCUCAUCGCCGGUAUCCACGACGAUGAAGUCAUCAACCACUGGAAAGGUAUAAACUACCCCAUCAUGAACAUUUUCGAGCGCGGCCUCUGCGUCCUACAAUGCAAGUACGUCCACGCCGUCAUCUUCGGCGCCCCCUUCUCCCUCAGCAAAGCCUUCCUCCACACGCUCCCCUACUCCGAACCCCUCACUAUCUACCACGGAAAAACCACCUUCAUGCCCCUCGCCUUCGACCCCUACGCCGUGCCCAAGGCCCUAAACAUUUACCGCGAGAUUGCAAACCACGAGUUCCAAAACGUCAAUGCCGCUGAGAUUGUUGCCCGCAUUAUGAAGGGUAGGGCCCUGUACGAAGAGAGGCAGCGCAAGAAGGGCGAGAAGGGCAUGACGGAGGAGGUGGAGAAGAUUAGGCAGGAGAUGGAGAGGGAACAGAAGAGGAAGGAGGUUGAGAGUCAGUUUGGCUUGUAG